GACUAGUGUAGGUCGUAAUAUUAUAUUAGAAGAUCUGGACGCUUUUCCCCUUUUUCCUCUCUUGUCUAUUCUCCACACAUGUUCCUCGAGCACAAAAUUUGAGUAAUUUUCGGGAGGGUCUACGGGAAAUAGUCCCUCUACCUCCUAAGGUAGGGGUCAGGUCCACGUACACUCUACCCUUCCUAGACCACACUUUGUGUGAUUUCACUGGAUUACCCAGUGAAACUUGCUGUGGAACUUGAAACUGCUGCACGGUUGAGGGCUUCUGUGACAAAAUAGAGGCGAAGCCAGGAUUUUGGGUUCUGAACUUGCCAUUGAACUUAUAGAUUGUCUUAGUUACUAAGUUUGCUAGCUACGCCCUUGGUGACAACAUUAAUGGCGGAUAAUUGGAUACCUACUAGAGGAUGGAUGUUUGACCCCAGCGAUACUGAAAUGCUUGAUAUUCUGGAAGAUUAUGCAACGGGACGAGCCAGCCCGCCUCAAGCUACAAUCAACUUUGCAGAUGUGUAUGGCGAUAUAAACCCAUCGGUCUUCUUUGCUCGUGCUGUCGGAGACCCUUCAAAUCCAACAGUCAAAUACUUCGUGACUACUACGAAGGAAAUAUCAGCAUCAAGGUUCUCGAAAAGUUUCUGGAAAGAAGACAGCCAACCUAUAGGCAUUAUUAAUGAAGCCACGGGUGAAAAAAGAGGUUUCAAGAAGCGCAUGAAGCUUCAGAUGGAUAAUAGCAGGUGGAUAAUGAUGGAGUAUUCAUUAAAUUCAAAUAUACCAGGAGUUCAAGAAGAUUUAAAAAAUGAAGUCAUCUGCCGAGUAAGGAGAAUUCCAACCAACAAUCCUGAGGCACAGGCCCAGGCCCAACAACAGUAAGAAACCCAAGCCCAGCAACAGCAAGAGGCCCAAGCCCAGCAACAACAGGAAGGAGAGCUGAUCAUUGACUUACAACUAAAGUUGUGAUUUGGUAGCAUAGGAUACGAUUUUCCCGAUAUACACAUUUUUGGUGACUAAGACAUCAUAUUGUACUACUGAUAUACGCUCUCCUGCCCAACUUGUCUGAUACACUUGGGAUUUCGAGAAUCAAACGAGCUUUUCUUUUAGCAUAAUUUUGUCAUAUGACUUUUGGAUGGUUAAUUAUUGUGACUUGUAGAACU